CGGAGGGGGGCGCGCAGCCGGUGCCGGUACCGGCCCCAGCCCCAGCCCCAGCCCCAGCCCCAGCCCCAGCCCCGCUCCCGGUGCCGGCCCCGUGCCGCCAUGUUGCGGCCCCGCCGCUGCUGCUCCGCGGCCCCGGCCCGGCCCGGCCCUGCCAGCGGCGGCGGCAGCAGGGACAUUAACUUAUUUUGGAUUAGGAUCUCCAUGGCAUGUGAACUAGAAAAUAAUCCAAACUAGGUCUCGUUAUUUUGAUGUGACAGACAUUAUCAAAAUGGUUGGAAAACUCAAACAGAACUUGCUACUGGCAUGUCUGGUGAUCAGUUCAGUGACAGUGUUUUAUUUGGGCCAACACGCGAUGGAGUGUCACCAUCGAAUAGAGGAACGCAGCCAGCCUGUGAGGAUGGAAAGCGUGAGAAGCACAGUAAGAACUGGUUCUAAUGUAAAUGCGAAUAAAACCUUUGCUUACAACAAAGACAUGCCUUUAAUAUUUAUUGGGGGAGUACCUCGAAGUGGCACUACUUUAAUGCGUGCCAUGCUUGAUGCCCAUCCAGAUAUUCGGUGCGGAGAAGAGACAAGGGUCAUCCCACGAAUUCUGGCAGUUAAGCAGAUGUGGGCUAGGUCAAGCAAAGAGAAGAUCCGGCUGGAUGAAGCUGGAGUCACAGAUGAGGUUCUGGACUCGGCCAUGCAAGCGUUUCUAUUGGAAAUCAUUGUGAAACAUGGAGAGCCUGCACCGUAUUUGUGUAACAAAGAUCCUUUUGCUUUAAAAUCCUUAACUUAUCUUGCUAGAAUUUUCCCCAAUGCCAAAUUUCUUCUAAUGGUACGGGACGGUCGUGCAUCUGUACAUUCCAUGAUAUCUAGAAAAGUCACAAUAGCUGGCUUUGACCUGAACAGCUACAGGGACUGUUUGACCAAGUGGAAUCGUGCUAUAGAAACUAUGUAUAACCAGUGUAUGGAGGUUGGUUUUGAGAGGUGUAUGCUGGUACAUUAUGAACAGCUUGUAUUGCAUCCUGAAAGAUGGAUGAGAACUCUCUUAAAGUUUCUUCGCAUCCCAUGGAACCAAGCAGUGCUGCACCACGAAGAAAUGAUCGGAAAAGCAGGCGGUGUUUCUCUUUCCAAAGUUGAAAGAUCUACUGAUCAAGUAAUCAAGCCAGUCAACGUGGAAGCGCUGUCAAAGUGGGUUGGGAAGAUACCUGCUGAUGUUCUGCAAGAUAUGCCAGUGAUCGCGCCCAUGCUGGCCAAACUGGGCUACGAUCCCUAUGCCAAUCCACCAAAUUAUGGGAAGCCAGAUCAGAAAGUUGUGGAAAACACAAGGAGGGUCUAUAAAGGUGAAUUUCAGCUUCCUGACUUUCUUAAAGAAGUGCCACAGGUACAGUAUUCAAUUAGUUCCCUUUUUGUGGGUGUAGCAGCAAGUUAGUAUGAAAACAACCUUUGUAAGCCACUUCUUCAUAAAUUUGAUCUUCUGCUUGAUUUUAAGCGAAUAGCUUGUCCAUAAGAUUAAAUCUCCAGCACUCCUGCUCUUGCACUCAACUGUGCCAAGGCUUUUUUGAGUGCGUGUGUAACUCUAGUUUUAGUAGUAUGGUGCCCGAAAACCCCAGCUGACUGAAGACUACUGUGAAACUGGAGGAAAGUUUGGCUCUGUAUUUUGUCUUCUAGACCAAAUUGCAAAGCUCGUUAUUUGUAGAGAAGCUUUACCUUUUGUUGUUUUGCACUGAAAGGUUUAAAGCAAGUAUAGUAUAGAUAGCAGAGAUAAACAAUGAGACACUUUAAAAGAAAUGCUAAAAUAUCUGGUGAAACAAACAAAACAAAAAUAACAAUGUUGCAGGCUGUAUAAUUGAUACUAAAUGUUUAAAGUGCUUUUUACAUUGUGCUUUGAUAGAAAAAACAGGAAGUGGCUCAUCACUGUUACUGUCUCAGGGUGUGUUCAAGUAAAGCUAAGUAGAAAAAUAUUUGUUGUUUUUUUUUUCCUCCAAUUUGUCCUGCAUGUACAGGAGUAUAGCUCUGUGAAUUGGGAGAGAAGACGUUUUAGGGGCUCUUUGCCUCCAGAACUUUAUUUUAUCUCCCCGACUUAAGAGAACAAGAGGCACCUUUAUUUCCCAAAAACCUCCGUAGGAGCUGUGGGUGGGCAAGCCUUUUGGCUUACCUGUGACUUUUGUUGUUGCUGGUAUUUUAAGUUUUUAAAAAAAGUCCUGAUCAUAGAGCUUCCUUCAGCCUCCUGCAAGGCCUUAGUUCCCUUCUUCAAGGGCUGGAGGCCAGCACCAUACUUUGCUUAUGUGUUGUUCUGUUUUGGGCAGGAGAGGGGUAUCUCAUUUUGAUCACGUGUGAUCUUUAUGCACGCUAUUCGGGGGGGAGUACUUUAGCAUAGUUGUCUAAAAAUAAAAGAGUUAGUGGGCAGAGCAGUAUACUGAAAUGGUAACUUACAGCAUGACUGUAGCCAAACGUGCAAGUAUUUUAAGCAAAAGAGGAAAAGAUUCCAUGCUUUUCUCCUAGUUUCUAAAAAUCCUGUACAAUGACUAAAAGCAGACGAGUUAUUUACAGUGCUUGUGUUACUUUGUUUCUACAUAAUUCCCGUCUUUAAUCAUACAACCAGUACAGAAGUUUACUUAAAACAUAAACGUAAGUAACCUAUCAAGUUAAAUAAUUUGCAGUGUCUUUACUUAAAACAAACAAAAAACUGGUGGGUGCAAGUUUUCUUGACUUUGGUUCCCAAGUAUUAGGAAAAGGCUCCUUGAGUGUGACUUUUUGUUAGAUGUAGAGAUUCAAAAAUACAGAGUAGAACCUACCACUCACAAACGAAGCUUUUUGACUUAUUCCAUCCAUUCAAAUGAAAAUUAGUUUAUUAAAAAGGAAAACUGGUUUCUUUUGUUCCAGCCAAAGAAGACAGUAGAAAGGAAGUCUCGUGGCAAGAUAAAAUGAACAUGGAUCAGUAAAGUUGAAUAGCUGUAGUGUCUGUUUCAUGUUUUCAGAAUAUAACUUUUUGCUGUGGACACCAAAUCUUUCUGAUAAACCUUUGUGUGAUCUCUAAUGUGGGCUUCGCGCUCUUACUGGAUGUUUGCGUGCUCUCACCCUUCAAACAGUUAGUGCUCAUGCUUUGCAAGUUGUGCUCAGCUAAUAGAAACCAUUAAGAAUCUGGCACCACGCAGCUAAAUGUGCUGUUGCUCACAGCAUUGUUCACUGCUGGCCAAAAUGUCUAUGCAGCUUAACGGCAAGAAAACUAAAUGUGUGCUGCUUAAAAGUUAUUGUUAGCUAAUUGUAUCGAGGAAGUGUGCUGCAGUUAUUUCAUAAUGCUUUCAAAUGCAAUUACUGUGUUUAUUUCAAGAUUAUCUAUAAUGUAACAGACAAAUAUAUGCGUAUAUGGCUGCAAGCAUAGGGUGUGUCAGAACAAAAGGAAAUUAAACAUUGCUGAUAAAGAUUUCUGGAAAAUGUAAGGAGAUGAGCUGUCGUUAAAACUUAGCACAUUGUGUAAUGAUGGUGUGCUAGCCAGAUAAAUUAUCCUUGAUCUGCCCACAACGUCCAUUAGUUAAAUUAUGUUUUGUAUUUUCCAGUUACUUGUGAUAUGUCAAAAGAACAUGGUCCAGUAUUUCUAGCAGGUGUCAUAUGACAGCGGAGGUUACCAAAUUGUACUCCCCUAAAUUUCAGAGCUGAAUUUAUACAAUUAGCUUAGUAUGACUACAAUAUUUACCUAAUUCUCAGCAGAUUUAUUCCAAAAAGCAAAACAAAGCUUUGUGAAAUAAAGAAUGUUUCUUAAACUAUAAACACUGGAGCUGGAGGUAAAAAUUACUCUGAUAAAGUAUUCUUUAGUAAAGUAUACUAAAGAUAAAAUUAACAUAACCAAGCAGCUAAAUGGUGCGUGGGUGCUGCUGCUGCUGCUACCUUUUCCCCUAAUGUUAAAUUGCUAAUUUUAUUUUAAUUAUUUACUUAACAGACUGAGCCUAUGGAAUAGAAGACAAAAUGGAUCUUUCUUGCACAGAAG